AUGGCUUCCUCUUCUUCUCCCCUAAAGCAUCUCGAUUUAAAUGUUGCUCCCAAAACAACCCGUGACGUCCAUCCUUUGUAUCUCAAAUCGUCAUCUCACGGAAGGUCUGACGAAGAAGCUAUUGAUGACUCAAUGGCUUUUAGCAUUCAGAGUGCUACUUCU